AUGAGUUCUGCUGGGGUGCUGACCUGCAUGCCAGAUUCAGGACGAAUCUUCAGGGAGACUUCUAUACGCCCACCAGUGCCAGGCCAGGAGACUAAGAACUAUAAGACUGAGAAAUUCGGUAUGGAACCACAAUAUUUUGAGCAACAAAUGAAGCACAAGGAAGAGCCCCUUAGGGAGGCCGAGGGUUGCGUUGCCAAUGACACACGGUUCUCUCGGUGGGGCAGAUCCCUCAAUCUUUUGUUGGAUGAUCAGGAUGGAGCUACACUUUUUCGGAUGUAUCUGGAAGGGCAGGGCCUGGUGGAUCUUCUAAGCUUUUGGUUUGCAUGCAAUGGCUUUAGAGCCAUGGACCCCGCAGAACCCAAGACUUCAAAGACAGCCAAAGCCAUAUACCGUUGGUAUGUACAAAAUAGCCAAGCUGUUUCUGGACGUUUAAAGCCAGCCACAAGGGCCCAAGUGAAGGAAUGUGUUAAGAACCAACAGCUGAAUAGGACUUUGUUUGACCAAGCUCAGCAGGAGAUUCAGAGGGCCAUGGAGCAAGAGGCCUUUCCUUCCUUUUUGCAGUCUGACAUAUGCAAGGAAUACUCUCAUGCUGUGGAGGAUAGUCCCACUCCGGAUAGCCCUGGGCCUGGUCUCCCUACUCUGGCUGAAGAUGAGGAACUUGGCGGGUUCCACACCACUACAAUGUUGGCUCGGGAGCAAUGGGGAAACUAAAUCGUGCCUUCUCACGUUUGCCACCUAGAAACCAAAGAUCCCAUCUGCGGAAGACUGAACCCAUCUACCAGUACUUUGCCCCUGCAGCAAGUAUCAAUGACAGUGAGAUUUCAAGCGAUGCCCUAACAGAAGACAGUAUGUCUAUAACAGAUGGUAGUGUAGAUGGAAUUCCACCAUACCGCUCCAAAAAGCAAAGGGAAAUCCAUAGAAGUGUCAGUGCCAAUGGACAAGUGCCUCUGCCUUUUGUUCCUAGAACCUUGCGUCCACCAGCUGAAAUGAUGCCAACGAACCCUGCGGAAUUUGCUGCAAAACUAACGCUAGCUUUGGAAAAAGUUAAAAAACAGAGAGAAGCAGAAGAAAAGCUGGAAGAAAAGCUGCAGAGGUUGAAAGAGGAAGAAGAGAAAGCAGAAUAUGAUAUCCCUCCAUCUAACCACGACAAUGUGCCAGCUGCUUCCUUUGAGGAUGACCCACAGUCCAUACUGGAUGACCACGUAUCAAGGGUCUUGAAGACGCCAGCAAAUCUGUCGCCUAGAUCUCAAUCCCCCUUCAUUCAAAGAAAAGCCAAAGGUCAAGCAUCAUUUGGCAAAGGUCAAAGCCUAACUUCCUGUCACUUAAGGCCAAAAGCUCCCCCAGGAAUGGAGGCGCCUGUCACACAGAAUGUAGAGCAGCGCAGUUCUGUGAGUUCCCAGGGUACAAAAAGUUACAGAAAGCCAGAAGGCUGUGCAACAGCACAGAAGCUGGAGGAAGGCCACUCCUCAGUUGGACUGACCACCCCACUUUCUGCCGAGCAGGAAAUAGAGCGCAGCCAUAGUGUCUUGCAGUGGGUUCUCGACAGUGCCAAAAUGAUGAAGAAACAUCAUCGGGAUGUUACAACCAGUGUAAAUCAUGGUCCAGAGUUAAAGAGGACAACACACCGCACAACAUCCCAACCUGCGCAUCUGUUCCUGCAGGAUACUUCUAUGCCACCUCUUACUGCUCCUAAUACCCUUGACCAGCUAGAAGAAGCCCGUAGACGCCUAGUGGAGGAAAAGAGAGUUCCUAAACUUCAUAAAAACAGGUAG